CCCGGGGCUAUAAAAGGAAGUCAGGGAGUCCAGAGACUUAUCAUAAGUGAUAGGAGCCAACCACCAAACCAUACCUGACUUCACGCCAACACAACUUUAACUUGUAUCAGACUGAGGACAAGCUCCACCAGAGAUCAUCAAGGCAACAUGUGCAAUCUGGACUAUAAAAUCAUGUUUAUUUCACUCUGCAUUUUACACCUCGUCCCUGUCAGUGAAGAGCGCUCCCUAAGUAAGAGGACGGUCAGUGAGGUCCAGCUCAUGCACAACCUCGGGGAGCUCAAGCAGGUGCAGGAGCGUCGGGAGUGGCUGCAGAUGAGGCUCCGGGCCAUCCACGCCGGUCCGGCUUAUUGGGGCAGCAGCAGCAGCGGGGAGGCGGGCCGGACCAAGAGGAGACUACCAGAGGAGCUGCCCGACCUGAGCGACAUGACACCGGAGCAGAUCCAGCACGCUCUGAGCACGCUCUCUCAUCAUGAUUUGGGUUGAUCUUAUUUGACCGUCGACAGUCGCAGCAACAUUUCCAACACCCUUUUUACAGAAUUUUAGGCAACUUUCUAUUUAUUUAUUUGUAUUUUUGUUUAAACAUGUAUAGGUGUCUGAAUGUGUCCGUCCUUUAUUCGAAUGUAUUUUCUUUUUAUUUAUUUGACAUAUUUUCACUAUUUCUUUUUAUUUAUUAUUAUCAAACUGAAUUGGACCAACAAUGUUGUUUAUGAUUUGACAAUGCCCUCAUCAAUGGGCUUUCCUGUCUUUCAUUUCAAUUUAAUUUAAAUAUAGGCUAGUUUAAAUGUAAAUGAAAUUGUUUGUGUGUGUAUAUAAGCUGUAUAUAUAUAUAUAUAUAUAUAUAUAGAGAGAGAGAGAGAGAGAGAGAGAGAGAGAGAGAUACAUAUAUAUAUAUAGAUAUAUAGAGAUAUAUUGAUAUGUAUCUUUAAAAUAGGCCGUUUUAUUUUUAUAAUUACGAUUAGGAACAAAAAUAUUUAUUAUUUUAUAUUAUUAUUAUUAUUUAUUAUUUUAUUUUAUAUAUUAUUAUUAUUAUUAUUAUUAUUAUUAUUAUAUUAUAAUUAUUUCAUAAGUAUGUGUUUGGCGCACUGUGUAAUAUGAAUACAUAAAAAUGA